CACCCCCAGAAAAAAGAAGGAAAAUGCAUCGGGGAGGAAAAGUGGAAAAGAAGAAAGGAGUAACUGUUCAGAAGGAAGCUGAUGCUGAGGAGGAAAUUGGAGCCUCUGAAAUGGUGGAGAGCACUGAGGUUGAAGAAAGGGAGCCAUCUCUGUCGGAUCUGAUGUCAAUAUUGCAAGCUCAUAUGGGUCAACAGGAGGCUCGGGAAGCAAGGCAGGAAGAGGUAACUGCACGACAAGAACAAAAAUUCAAAGCAUUGCAACAUCAGUUCCAGCUUUUACAGUUAGAGGUGCAGUCCCGGACAUCACCAGUACCUGAGCUACCAUUACCUACCACAGAGUCAUCAGAGUCAAGGGAGCUACCUAACAUUUCUUGUUCUCCUCAUGCUCAAGCUGAAUCCAGUCAGUCAUUAUCAGGUCAGUUUUCAUUGCAUGAACCCAGACUGGAAAAGUUGACUGAUAGUGAUGAUAUUGAGCAUUUUUUGACCACAUUUGAACGCAUUGCCUUAGCAUAUCGUUGGGAAAAACCAGACUGGGUUUUUCGUUUAAUACCACUGCUAACGGGCAAGGCAAGAGGGGCAUACGUUCAUAUGGAUAUUGAUGACUCUCUCAGCUAUGACAAAGUUAAAGCUGCAAUUUUGUCUAAGUAUGAUGUUAACCCUGAGACCUACAGGCAGCGAUUUCGUUCACUUGAAGUCAGGCCUGAUGAGAACCCUAAGGAAUUGUAUGCUCGACUUAAAGAUCUGUACGGAAAAUGGAUUCAACCAAAAGGUAAAACGAACCAAGAAAUUGGUGAAAUAAUCAUCCUUGAACAAUAUUUGAGAAUGUUGUCCCCUGAGCUACAGGUUUGGAUUCGAGAGCACAAUCCGUCUUCUGCAGCGAAGGCAGCUGAGCUGGCAGAAGUGUUUGUAGCUGCCAGGAAGAAAGGACAACCUUGGACCUGUAAUGCAAAUAAAAUGCCAAAGGAAGGCCCCAAAUCAGCCCAGAUGUAUCAUCAGAGGCCAGUGUCAGCUGAUAAAACUCCUGUGGGUGAGAACCAGUUUGCUGGCCGACCAUUAAAAAAUUCAAAAAAGAUUUUUUGUUACCUCUGUGGGUUAGAGGGCCACACAAAGCCAAUGUGCCCAAAAACUUCAGCUAAGAUGGUUCAAAUGUGUUUCAUGCCACGUCUACAUGCUGAACAUGGGCUCCAGUGUGACCAGACUGUUAAAAUGAUACAAAUUGAAGCUAAUGGAACAACUUUAAGAGCUUUACUUGAUUCUGGCAGUUCUCAUACACUGAUACACAGAGAUUUUGUGCCCCCCAAUAUUGUCCGUGUUAGUGAUACCAUCCCCAUUUGUUGUGUGCAUGGAGAUGAGAAGAUGUACUCAACAGCUGACAUGUACAUUAAGGUGAAUGGACAGACUUACCUUUUAAAUGUUGGGGUGGUUGAUAACCUGCCUUAUUCAGCUAUUCUGGGACGAGAUUUUCCAGUGCUUUUUGAUUUAUUGGAGUCAGACCAGAAUCAUCAAUGCAAUGUGGCUGUUACUAGAGCCCAAGCUCAAAAAUCAAAUGAAACCUCAGAAGUUUUCAGUGCCUUGCCAUUUUUUAAUGAGGAAUGGGAAGCCGCACCUGGGAAACCUCGGAAAAGUCGCAGACAGAGGAGACAGGAGAAGUUCCAGCAUACUAUAGUACACCCAGAAAUGCAUACUGACCCAGACUUGCCUUUGGGAUUUCAAAUUCCUGGCAAUAUAAUAGAAUUGCAAAAAACUGAUCCUAGUUUAGCUUCCUGUUUUCAGCGAGCGGUAGACAAGGACCAAGUGGAGGAGGUAGGCAUUAACAAAAGUGACUAUGUCUUGCAAAAUGGCAUACUUUACCAUCAGGUGGGCUCACUUCUGAAGCUAGUGGUUCCCCAAGAAGUUAGAGAAAUGGUGCUUAAUUUGGGACACUCUAUUCCCUGGGCUGGCCACCUGGGUAAGCACAAAACCACAGCUCGCAUUAAACAACAUUUUUUCUGGCCUGGCCUCCAUAGAGAUGUAGCCUACUUCUGUAAGAGCUGUCCUCAGUGCCAAAUGACCUCCUCCAAAGUUCCUUCCAAAGCUCCACUCCAACCACUGCCUAUUAUUGGUACCCCAUUUGAGCGCCUCGGAAUGGAUAUUGUUGGACCCGUUGAGAAGAGUAAGUCAGGGAAUCGCUAUAUGCUUGUAAUCACUGAUUAUGCAACUAAAUAUCCAGAGGUCUUCCCACUGAAAUCCAUCAAGGCAAAAUCAGUAGCCUUCUGCCUUGUACAGCUCUUCGCAAGAGUAGGGUUCCCACAGGAAAUACUGACUGAUCAGGGGAGUAACUUCAUGUCCAACUUAUUAAAACAGGUGUACAAGCUGCUGGGCAUUAGAAGCCUGAGGACCACCCCAUACCAUCCUCAGACUGAUGGGCUAACAGAACGGUUCAAUCAGACUCUGAAGCAGAUGCUCCGAAAGGUGGUGGAUGAGAAUGGUGCUGAUUGGGAUCAGUGGCUUCCUUAUCUUCUCUUUGCCUACAGGGAAGUGCCACAAGCCUCCACUGGUUUCUCUCCGUUCGAACUUUUGUAUGGGUAUGAGGUACAAGGACCUCUAGCCCUGUUAAGAAACAUCUGGGAGGGAGGCAAGGAAAAGACAGACUCUGUUAACAUUGUUUCCUAUGUUGUACAGAUGAGGGAGCGACUGCAGAAAAUGAGUGAGCUUGCUCAGUCAAAUAUGACCAAAAUCCAGCAGAAGCAGAAGUUUUGGUAUGACCGAGCAGCUCGUCAGAGGUCUUUUAGUCCUGGACAAAAGGUGUUGGUGCUCCUUCCCACUGACAACAACAAGCUAUUGGCUAAGUGGCAAGGGCCCUUUGAGGUUCAGAAGAAAUUGGGGUCCACUACUUACCAAGUGUUCAUCCCUGGGAAGCCACGCUCCGGUAGGGUUCUGCACAUAAAUCUUUUGAAGGAAUGGGCGCAGCGCCCUGAAAAGACAGCAGAAGUGAUGCUCAUAAGGGGUGUGCCAGAGGAAGAAGAGGUUGGUGAGCAAUACUUGCCUUCUGCUGAUGUGGUAAAUUUCGACCUUAGUCAUCUGCCAGAUGAUAAACAGCUUCAGGUGAGAGCUGCAUGCAACCCUGAAGUGUUUAAAGUGAAUCCUGGCCGAACAGAUAUUGUUGAGCAUGACAUUGUCAUUAAAGAGGGUGUCUCAGUAAAGCGUUUGAGCUACAGGAUCCCUGAACGUCUGCUGACAUCCCUGAAGAAGGAAAUUGACCUCAUGUUGUCCUUGGGGAUCAUCGAGCCAUCAAAGAGUGAGUGGUGUAAUCCGGUGGUCCUGGUGCCAAAGAAGGAUGAAAGCAUGAGGUUCUGUAUAGACUUCAGGUACCUAAACUCAAUAUCACUGUUUGACUCAUACCCUACGCCACGCAUUGAUGAUUUGCUGGAACGGCUGGGGAAGGCAAAGUACUUGACCACACUUGACCUGUGCAAGGGAUAUUGGCAGGUGCCACUCACGGAGCGAUCAAAGAAGUUGACUGCCUUUCGAACACCUUGGGGUCUCUUCCAAUUUACAGUGAUGCCAUUCGGGCUGCAUGGGGCUCCAGCAACCUUUCAGAGGUUAAUGGAUCAGGUACUAUGUGGUCUCUCAGACUUUGCAUCUGCAUAUCUUGAUGAUAUUGUCAUCUACAGCACCACAUGGGAGGAACACUUGGAACAUCUGCAUGCUGUCUUCGACCGUCUUGGUGCUGCUGGGUUGACGGUGAACCCCUCUAAGUGUGUUUUUGCCUCUGCUGAGACUGCAUACCUGGGCCAUGUGAUUGGGAAUGGGGUGAUCAAGCCUCAGGUCAGUAAGAUCCAAGCCAUUGAGUCUUGUCCUCUCCCACAGACAAGGAAGCAACUAAGAUCUUUUUUGGGCAUGGCAGGCUUUUAUCGUCGGUUCAUACCACAAUUCUCCACCAGGGCAGCUCCACUAACUGACUUGAUAGGCAUCAAGUGUCCUAAUCAGAUUAACUGGACAGAGGAGGCUAUAGUAGCUUUCAAGGACAUCAGUCAAUCACUGAGUAGUGAACCAGUUUUGUACAGUCCAGACUUUAAUGAGCCCUUUUUCCUUCAAACUGAUGCAUCUCAUAGGGGUCUGGGAGCAGUGCUACUUCAAGGUUUGGAAGGAGAACGUCAUCCUGUUGCUUAUAUCAGCCGAAAGCUGUUCCCAAGAGAGGUUCGGUAUUCAACAGUGGAAAAGGAGGCCCUUGCCAUCAAGUGGGCCCUUGAUUCCUUCAGGUACUACCUUCUUGGAAGAGAAUUCACUCUGGAGACGGAUCACAGUGCACUUCAGUGGAUGGAAAAGAUGAAAGAUAAGAACGGAAGAAUCACAAGAUGGUACCUUGCUCUGCAACCGUUUCGGUUUGUCAUCAAGCACAUCCCUGGGAAGAACAACGUUACCGCCGACUUCCUCUCUCGCUGUACCAGCGAGAGUCCUGAAGAGGGGGGGUGUGUGAUGGCAUCAGCCACACAGGGUUACCUGGGUUUGGGCGGUGGCUGUUUCCUGUCUGGGCAAAAGGCGUGGCUGAGGACUCUGGGGACAAAAUGCCUGCUCAGCAGGACCAACCAUGGGCUUACCAGGAACAGGGGUGUUUUAGGUUUAGUCAGGUUAUUCUGUGCUUAGUUAAAAUUAGUGUGUGUUUUUGUUUUCCCCUCCUAUUGUGUAAAUGGUUUGGCCAAAUCAUUAUAAAAGCUACCCUCAUGUGUCUUUGUAAUUAGGUCAGUUUGUGAGUUAAGUUGUGUCUCACUUUGUUUUGUUUGAGUUUCUGGAAAAUACUUUUUGUAGAGUUAUAUUUAGUUGACCUCUUUUACGGGCCUGCUAAGUAUGUUUUUGAAUUUUGUUAAUUUUGGAUUUUUUGAGGGUUAAAAUAAAGAAAACCCUUUUUGAA